AUGAUAUUUAAUCAGGUAAAUAGAAUUUUAAACAAACGUUAUGUUAUUAAUAAAUUUUCACGCAAUGUACAUAACGAAAUGCCGACAAAAGUUUUAUAUCCAUUAAAAAGUCGAGCAUUGCUCAAGAUUUCGGGUCAGGAAUCAUCCUCCUUUCUUCAGGGCCUAAUUACCAACGACAUGAGGCAUUUUGAAGAAGGUGCUAAGUCUAUGUAUGCAAUGUUUUUAAACACCAAGGGUAGGGUUAUGUACGAUACUCUUAUACAUAAAUGGGAUAAUGACGAAUCUUUCUUAAUAGAAUGUGACAAAAAAUUGGUUAAUGUAUUACAAAAACACCUAAAAAUAUUUAAAUUAAAACGCAAAAUCAAUAUUGAAGACGUUGAUAAAAGUUUUAUUAUGUGGGCUUUGAUUCAUCCCGAGACAGACAAGAUCCAUGAUUCAACGUCUAAUGUAAACAUCUAUAAGGACCCUCGACUGGCUGACUUAGGUUUCCGCAUUAUCUCUACUGUUAGAACAAAAGAGUCACAGAUAGUAGAAAUUUUUGGAAAGGAUAUUGUGGUUAAAGACUGUGAAGAAGGCUAUAAAUAUUUAAGAUAUAAACUAGGUGUAAGUGAAGGAGCCGAUGAAUUGCCACCAGGAACUUGUUUUCCUUUGGAGGUAAAUUGUGACUACCUCCAUGGUGUGAGUUUCCAUAAAGGUUGUUAUAUUGGUCAGGAGUUGACAGCUAGAGUUCAUCAUACGGGUGUUGUUCGCAAACGAAUAAUGCCUUUAAAAUUCAAUCAAAGUAUAAGUGAAAUCAUUGAAAAAGAUUCUGUAAUCUCAGCUAGUAAUAAACCAAAAAGCAAUUUGGGAAAAUUGAAAGGUGUGAUGGAUGACUAUGGAAUAGGAUUAAUAAGAAUCAAAGAGGCACUUGAUGCUAAAGUUCUUAUGGUUAGCAAAUAUCAAGCUGAAGUUCUAAAACCGUCGUGGUGGCCAAUAGAAGCCCCUAAGGAAAUUAUAAAGAGUGAAUAGCCUUCUUUAAUAAUUGCUGGACAAAUAUAUUAUUGUAAACAAAAUUUUAUGAAAAUCUGAAAUAUUAAAAUGGAUAGCUCAAAAGCAAAAGAUGAAUGUGCACAAGUUACCUACAAUUUUAAGUGUUCUCAGUGUGACCUUAAUGAAGAAGCUCACUAUAAAGGUGUGAGUCCACCUUUUUCACGAAAGAUUGAACUUAAAUACCCA